AUGUCGCCACUCAUUAACUCUCUGACGAGCCUACCGGAUCGUUUGAAGACGUUCCAGGGCUAUUGGGAUGACAAUGAAGCAACAGCACGCCAGCUUGCCGCUCUAGGGCACGUAUACGAUGGCUUUGCGGCGCUUGAAGAAGGCUCCUAUUGUGUCUCUUGCAACGCCUUCGUGAAACGAGAGAUCAGUAUCGCGGCUCUAGAAGGUCCUCUUUACAAGAUAUCGUCCACAUUCAACAAAGAGUCUCAAAGCUUCACAUCUUCGGCCCACCAUCCGAAUUGCGUUCGCUGGCAGACGAGGAUUCCACUCGACACUCGCAAUACGCAUGCAUCAUCACUUGGCCAAGAUCGAAUCGACGAUAUGAAACGAUUCUUCGAGCCUAGACCACCAAGAUUCGAAUCACCAUCACGCCAAAGCUCAUUGUUUGUCCUGCCCACUGAGUUGCGGCUAGAAAUAUACUCUAUGAUUAUGCCAAGAAUGGAUGCAAUCACGGAAAUUGUUCCUCUCAACCGAGAAUCUUCCCAGGUCAUUACAAAGAUGGGGUUUACUAAAAUCGGUCGAAGGGAUACCAGCAAAUGCAAUAUCCUUCGCACCAACAGAGCUGUAUACGAAGAUGCUCACGAUAUGCUUUUUGCCACCACGACUUUCAAAUUCGACUCCACCAGGGUUCUUUAUCUCUUUCUUCGCAAUAUUGGAACACAUGGUCGUCAGCUCUUGAAGUCUGUCGACGUCGUUUGUUGCAAUCGUGAAGACGCGGUUGCGUUCUCACUGCUCGCAGCAUGUACUGAACUGAGAUCCAUCACUCUCCGAAUACCCAAGACGAAACUCCUGAAUCCGAACGUAGGGAAACCGAUAUGGAUCGUGGAUGGCUUGGCAAGUCUUCUAGCUCUUAGUGGGUUGCCGACUGUAGGUUUCGGGGAGUGCAAAGMCCGGAUCUUCCUCGAUGAAAAGAUGCAUGAUGCGGGAAUAUUGAGGCGAGAACUCAUGAGGCCAAAAGGGGCGGCAAGCGGUGUGAGAUGGGUGGAUGGAAUGCCAGACCUCUGA